AUGGAACCACACUCACCCUUUUCACACGCACAGUUGGACGAGAAGAAGCGUGAACGUGAGGCUGUACUUGAAAGCAAAGACCCAGUUAAACCGUACAGGAAGAUUACGCGCAAUAACUGGCUGGUCAAGAAACCUGUGACGGAGAUUGACGAGUCCCACUUUGAAUGCAAAUGCAAGGACGAGGUCGAUCCAGAAAC